AUCCUUUCAACAAAAUACCGGACCCAUCUGGCCAUCUCACUCUCUUCACUCCCCAAUCACAUAAAUACCCAAUCGUAUACUUAAAUAAAGAUUCAACCCCUUUCACUAUCGCCACUUUUCUUGAACAUUCAUGGCGUCUAUUUCAAGAAUUGUCGCUAAAGAUUGCAACUUUCGGUCGUCUAAUGCUGUUGUUCACAGACCCAGAUGUGAUUUGCCUGCAAGAACGAUUACCAAUCAUGUUUCUUUUGGAAAGAGGGUUUGUUGUUUUUCUGGUGAUGGUAAAGGGUGUUUGGCUAUUCAGAGUAAAAGAUUAUGUUCAGGAGUUGUUCAGUCUUUGGAUUACAGAAGUUCCAAAUUUCGGUGCCAAGCAGCAACAAAUGUACCAGGAGAUGUUCCUACCAAUGCAAAUGCUUCAAGCGGAAUGUCAACAUAUGAAAAAAUAAUUGAAACUUUAACGACCCUUUUUCCUCUAUGGGUUAUUUUAGGUACAAUAAUCGGGAUUUACAAGCCUUCUGCGGUUACAUGGUUAGAAACAGACCUUUUUACCGUUUGCUUGGGUUUUCUCAUGCUUUCAAUGGGACUUACAUUAAAAUUUGAAGAUUUCAGACGUUGUUUAAGGAAUCCAUGGACUGUUGGCGUAGGGUUUCUUGCUCAGUACUUGAUCAAACCCUUGUUGGGAUUCUUCAUUGCAAUGACUCUAAAAUUGUCGGCCCCACUUGCAACGGGUUUGAUUCUAGUUUCAUGCUGCCCCGGGGGCCAAGCAUCAAAUGUUGCAACUUAUAUAUCGAAAGGAAAUGUAGCACUUUCUGUUCUCAUGACAACAUGUUCGACUAUUGGAGCUAUUAUCAUGACACCACUGUUGACUAAACUUCUAGCUGGUCAACUUGUUCCGGUUGAUGCUGCAGGUCUUGCCAUUAGCACAUUUCAGGUCGUGUUGGUACCGACAAUCCUUGGAGUUUUGAUGAAUGAAUUCUUCCCCAAAUUUACUUCGAAAAUCAUCACGGUGACACCUUUGAUUGGAGUUCUCCUUACGACUCUUCUUUGUGCUAGCCCGAUUGGACAAGUCGCCGAUGUUUUGAAAACACAAGGUGCACAAUUGCUACUUCCAGUGGCACUACUACACGGGGCGGCAUUUUUUAUCGGUUAUGCAAUUUCUAAAUUAUCAUUUGGUGAAUCGACAUCUCGUACCAUCUCCAUAGAAUGUGGGAUGCAGAGUUCUGCUCUAGGGUUUUUGCUUGCUCAAAAACAUUUCACCAAUCCUCUCGUAGCCGUACCUUCUGCCGUUAGCGUUGUUUGCAUGGCGCUUGGUGGAAGUGCUUUAGCUGUGUACUGGAGGAACCAACCGAUUCCUGUUGAUGACAAAGAUGAUUUCAAGGAGUAAAAAAGGUUGUAGCUUUCUGUUUUCUUGUAUUCGGGUUUGACCAUUUUCAGCUUUCUGCGAAGAAAGACCGAACGUUAGGCGAUUAUGCGUUAUUUGAUGUUGUAAGAACGUUUUCGAUUUGUUCCGGAAGAGUAGGGAUUUUGGUAGUUAAUGUGUUGCUAGUUGUAUGCUGUUGUGUUGGAUCAGUGAAGCUGCAAGUGAAAAUUAUUUCAAAAAGGAAAUGGUAAGACUCAUCAUAA